UCAAGGUGGAACAGGCUAUAAUCUGGUCAGGUUCUCAAAUACCGCCAGGAUUUGCCCAAACCUAAUGGUAGGGUCCUGGGGUUAGGGCUAGGUUUUCGCCCAUCUCUUGUCCUCUUUUUAGAUUUUUACCUGAAGGGAUGGCAAGAUUCAGACGGUGCUGGGAUUCUACUAUGCUUUUUACUUGAAGUCUUAACUAGGCUGGAUCAAAUAGGUAUGUGUAUCACAGCUCACAGUGGAUGGUAGCUGGAAAUACUGACCAUUCGUGCAUAACUCCCAGAUUCUAUGUCCACCCGGACUCCCCUUGCUCCGGAGAAAACUGGAUGCGUCAAAUCAUCUCUUUUGAUCGAGUGAAACUCACCAACAAUGAGAUGGAUGACAAGGGCCAUGUAAGUGAGCACAAUGUUUCUCCUAGAGGAGAUCAUUCUGCAGUCCAUGCAUAAGUACAACCCCCGUGUGCAUGUGGUGGAGCAGGACAGCAGGAUUGACCUAUCCCUGAUUGAAUCCUUUCCUACGGAAGGAGUUAAAACAUUCUCCUUUAAAGAAACUGAAUUCACUACUGUGACAGCUUACCAAAACCAGCAGAUCACCAAACUGAAAAUAGACAGGAAUCCCUUUGCCAAAGGAUUUAGAGAUCCUGGGAGAAAUAGGGGUGUCUUAGAUGGAUUUUUAGAGACCUACCCAUGGAUGCCUUCUUUCUCUAUGGAUUUUAAAACUUUUGUCACAGACACACAAAGUGGAAGCAGUGGCUCAUCUCCAGUGACCUCUAGUGGAGGAGCUCCCUCUCCUUUGAACUCCUUACUUUCUCCAUCUUGUUCUCCACCUAUGGUUUGCAUACCUCCAAGCUCCUUUGGGAUGACCUAUCCAGAUGCAUACCUGCACAGUGUCAACAUACCCUUCUGCUACAGAAUUUGUCCAACUAAUUAUUGGCGAUCACAACCUUUUGUCUUACAUACUCCUGAAAGGCUACCAAGCUUCAUCAUUCCUCAGACCUUACCCCCACUCAUGAUGGAAGUCCCAGUGGUAUCCUCCAGGGGCAUCAUCAAUCCAAACAGUGGCUUACAUGAAGACUGCAAUGGGCAGUGUCUACAAGCAUCUCAUUCUGCCAAUCAAAUGUUAUAUGGAUUACAGAAUCCUGGAAACAUUUUCCAUCCAAACCCCAUUGCCCAAGAAGCAAUCACUUAUCCUUUUCAUCCUCCUAAUGGCUGUUAUAGGUACAACAUCUCCAUGCCACCUAGACUGGAAAAUGUUGCCAAUCACCUCAGUGAAAAUGGUACCAGUGAGAUUUCUUUUACUGAAGGUAGCUGUGAUCAUUCCCAUUGGUAUCCAGUUAUUAACCAUUACCUUUAAUGGGGCAACAUCCACGUUUUAAGACAUUUACAUUGUGCUUCGAAAAUGAAGACACUUCUUUAAAACUCCCAAGCUGUGAAGAGAUGGAUGGUUCCAACUGUUUUCAAGCAUGAGUUCUCCAUAUGGACUGAAGAUGGACAUGAUUUCAUUUUUUGUGAGGUUGAAGUAUGUUUUUGUCGGGAAAAGGAAUGAACUCUUAGUCUAAGCAAGGGAUGACUCAAUGGAGAAUCUUUGAACCAGCAGUAUCUUAUGUGCUGACAACAUGACAUGGUUGCCAACAAUGCAUAAAGACAAGCAUCUGCACUGGACAUUAUGGAAGAUUCUUCUUAAAUUCUCCUAAUCAUUUCUAUUUUGCACCUUGGGAAAAUCAUGGCACAUAAAGCAGGUACAAAUGUAGCUUUUAAAUAUUACUGAUGUGCCAGUCAGUUUUCUGGCUGAGCCAGAAUGUAGCUGAAAUGUAUUAUAUAAAAACUAAAAUAUAUUUUGCAAAAAUUUAUAUGCAUGCUAACAACAAAUUUAGUAUGUUUUGUAUAACAGAACUGUAGAUAUAUAUCAUGUAUAAAGUAGGACAUUUUUACAUUGUUGUCUCCUAAUUUAAUAUCACUAACAAACUUUUAACAUAUGUAUAUGGUUUUAUAAAUUAAAGAUGUCACACUGUGUAUAUACACACAUAAUGUGUGUGUGAUCUCCAAUGGGAUAUUUACUUUUCUUUAAAAAAGUAUUUACACUGUGCUUUUUCUCCCACUCCUAAAGAAAGAUGCUUUAUUGAAAAUUUGCUCACUAGAUACUGACCUACACUAUCAAUUAUGUAUACUUAUGUGGAGAGGCAUAUUUAAAUAUAUUUAGAAAUAUCUAAUUGCAUAUGCUGUACUUUGAGAAUUGAAUUGACAGGGUAGAAGUACAAUGCUUUAUAUUCCAAUUUAAAGAUAGGUUGUUACUUUUCUGUUGAAAAAUAGUAAGCCAGCAAGAAUAACAAUAAUAUUCUAGCAUGUAGCAACAGUUUAUCAGUUGAUUUCACAGAAAUUUAGCAUGCCUAUUGGAGCAGUUCAAAACAAACCAAAUAGUUUGGUCACUGGUGAUAGUAGCUUUGAUAUAACUACUUUGGUAUACUUUUAAUCUUCUUAGAUUUGAUCUGCAGCUACAUAAUAUUUUGUAUUAAAACUGUAUAAAUAAAUAUGGUUUGGAUGGCAACAUAAAAGAGAAUGAAGAGAUAACAUAGAACAGUUGAAACAUACCCAUAUUUAAAACUAUUUACACAAGUGGGGCUGGCCAAAUUUAACAUGUUGUUUCAAUAAAAUAUUGAGAGUAAAAAGAUGAGUAUCAUUUCCCCUCAAAGUUUCAAAUGUUCAUGUUUACAAAUUUGUCCUGCACAUUAAUCUGUAAACAUCCAUUAUGGUGAGCAGAUGUUCGGGAAAAUGUAUCACAUCUUUGUGUUUGGUUGAAAUGCAUAUACAUCUUUAUUGGCUCACAUUUAACUGCUUAAAAGAGUUACAAGAGUUAAAGUUAAAUAUGAUAGAAAAUUCUGACAGUAUAAUGCAAUGCAUUGUAGCAUUAAACACUUUAGUCAAAUAUUAUAUUGUUAUUGUUUAACAUGAAAGAAUUUUGACUUUGAUUUAAUAUCAUAUUCUUAUGAACAUGAUGAUAUAAUGUAAUAUUUUAGCUAUAAUAUCUGUAAUUAACAAUUUAAAAUAUUACUAAUAUGAAAAGGAAUAAAAUUAUGAUCUUACAUUAGAUA